AUGUCUCCUGGUAUAUUUUUCAAUGUGAAUGGGAUAGACGUUCAUGAAGAAAACGUGGAUCCAGAACUCACUCUUGCCUAUUAUCUAAGAAAUAAGUUAGGUCUCCGUGGCACAAAACUCGGUUGCGAGGAGGGUGUCUGCGGGUCGUGUACAGUAGUCCUCGGGACAUGGGAUGACGGAGAAAACAAGGCGGUGUAUAGAGCAGUGAAUGCAUGUCUGGUUCCUCUGUUUCAUGUGCAUCGAACAUUUGUGAUUACUGUGGAGGGAGUUGGAAGUCGGGAGAAGAUUCACCCGAUUCAGGAUCGAAUGGCAAGAGGACAUGCGUUGCAAUGCGGCUUCUGCUCCCCUGGCUUCGUAAUGUCUGCCUACGCUCUCCUCCGUAAUCACCCAAACCCCUCCAUCGAACAAAUCAACGCAGCAAUCCGUGCCAACCUCUGCCGAUGUACCGGCUACCGUCCCAUCCUAGAAGCCCUCUACAGUUUCAGUCCAGAAAGUGGAGGAUGUUGCGGAGGGAACAAGAAUGGAGGAGGGUGUUGUAAGGAUCAGAAAUCUAGUGAUGACGAUGAAGGAUAUGAUAAACUGCCAAAUUUCAAUGACUUCCCAAAGUACGAUUCGACGCAGGAAAUCAUUUUUCCACCGUCACUAAGGACCUAUGUGGAUUCUAAAGACUUGGUUAUCCUAAAAGGUGACCGAGUUGAGUUGGCGAUUCCAAAGAUGUUAGAGCAAUUCAAAAUGGCGAGAGCUGGCCGGAAUGCUAUCUCAUCGGGUUUGAUAACAAGAUUCGUGACAUCCCGGAACCCAGCUGGUUUCUCACAGAAAUGGAUCACCACUAGAUAUGUGAAGGAGUUCAAUGAGAUCAAAAUGAGCCAGGACCACAUUGAGAUUGGAGCAGCUGUGAGCAUUCAACGGCUCGCCGACACCCUCUCCGCCAAUCUUUCCGAUAACAUUGCUCCGGAAGUGGCUGCUUUCAUCCAGAAGUUCUCUUCUCCACAGAUUGCUAAUUUUGCGACAUGGUCCGGAGCUAUAGUCUCUGCUUCCAAAUCUUCCAUAUCUGUGAGUGACGUCCUCCUACUUCUCAACGUUCUCAAUGCUUCUCUCGUUGUCUUAUCUUCGGAUGGAGAUCUUGAACGAGUCAGCCUCGAUACGUUUGUUUUGAAUAAAUUAUACGAGACUGGAACGAUUGUCAGCUCACAGUUUUUGAGGAAAGACACCCGCAGACUGUUCUGCUUGAAACUUGGAGAGACUAGUGAAGAAGAUUCCACCAACUUCAAUUUCGCUGCUUUGAUUGGUGAUAAGAAGCAAGAAUCUAUGAUCUUUGUGGGGUUGGGUGGUCAGCCAAAACGGUUGGAUGAGCUUGAGAAAUAUGUGGAUUCUGGAGACUCUUACGAGUUGGAGGAAUUGUAUAUGGUGUCUGGAUUGGAAAGGAACAACAACUCGACAGUUGCGUUGACAAGGCUGAUGAGUUUUUUGAAAGAUGGGAGAAAAGUGGAGACAAAGGAGAAUGUGAACUAUUUGCAGUAUUUUAAGCCCACGUCCAACGACUGUGUUGGCCGUCCCAUCGUUAACUACUUCAACGAACGUGCUAUCACAGGAGAAGCCAUCUACGUCAAUGAUAUCCAGGCAUACAACGCCGUUCAUCUCGGCUUCGUUUUGUCCACAGUCCCUCAUGCAGAAAUAGUACAUGUGGACUUUUCGGAGGCGCUGAAACUAGAAGGUGUUAUUGGCUAUUUUGGAGCUUCGGAUAUCCCUGGGUGCAACACACCAGGUCUUCAAAAGACAAAUAUCAUGUUCCCUGAUGAUACCCCAAUUUUUGCAGAUAAGAAGGUAGAAUCAGUUGGUCAAGUGAUAGGAGUCAUUGCUGCUAACGAUGUGAUCCUUGCUCGAAGAGCCGCUAAACUUGUCAAAAUAGAAUUCAACCUGCUGAAACCGUUGACAGAUUUCAAAGAAGCAAGAGAUGCGGAAUCCCUACACGGACGUGUUCAACAUUAUGGGAAAGAGGAGAAAGAAUUGGAGGAGAGCUUCGGAAAAGCUCAGAAAGUGUUGGAAGGAGAAGUUAGCAUGGGUGGACAGGAACAUUACUAUCUGGAGACUCAGAGCAGUUUGGUGGUGCCAGGAGAGGGGGAUGAGUUAGUUGUUCACUGCUCGACUCAAGGUACAAGUUUCACGCAGUUGAUGGUGGCAGAGGUUUUGAAGGUUCCAGCUCACAAGGUUAUAGUGAAGACAAAACGUCUCGGUGGUGCAUUUGGAGGAAAAAUUAGUAACCCGGCGUGGAUUGCAUGCAUGUGCUCCGUAGUCGCUCGGAAACUGAAUCGCCCGACUUACGGAUUCCUCUCAAGAGCCGAUGACUUGGCUAUCACUGGAAAACGGCAUGGAGUGUAUGCCAAGUACAAAGUCGGGAUAGAUUCCAAAGGGAAAGUGCAAGGGAUCCAUUACCAAGCAUGGUUGAACGGUGGAUGGUCUAAGGAUCACACUGAACCGAUUACCAUGAUUAUGGGGACUUUAGUGGAUGAUGCGUACAAUAUGGGAGCGGUCCGUUUCGAUGGGUACCCUGUGAAAACGAAUUCGAAUAGUAAUACUGCAUUUAGAGGAUAUGGAAACCCGCAAGCGAAGAUGAUUAACGAAGGUGUUAUGAGAAGAAUCGCCCGGGAAGUUAACAAGGAUGUGGAGGAAAUCAAAAAACUGAAUUUUGCUCGAGAAGGGGAGACUCGAUACUUGGAGGAUCGGAUCCUCAAUGAUGCCCUGUUGGAGUGCUGGGAUUACUGUAUAAAAUGGAGUGAAUUUGAGAAGAGGAAGCGGGAAAUCGAGCAGUUUAAUCGCACCUCUCCUAUUGUUAAACGUGGAAUCGCAAUGUCAUGUGUAAGACAUGGACUGCCUCUUCCAGGACAUCAAGGACAUGGAAUCGCAAGUCUUCUUAUAAAUCUUGAUGGGUCCGUGCAAUUAUCGAUUGGAGGAACUGAAAUGGGGCAGGGGUUGAAUCAGAAGAUGUUGCAAGUGUGUAGUCAAGCAUUGAAUCGACCAAUUGAGACUAUCACCAUAGUGGAUACCAGUACUGAUAAAGUGACGAAUGCUCCAGAAACCGGUGGAAGUCACAAUUCGGAUACAAAUGGGAUGGCUGUCUUGGCGUGUUGUGAGAAGAUUAUGUCAAAGUUAAAACCGAUUCUGGAUAAAAAUGAAGGAGAUUGGGAGAAGUCUGUAAGAGAGGCCUAUGGGGCUUUUGUUCCAUUGCAGUGUACGGAAUAUGGAUAUGUCGACAGAAAGAAGUUCGGAUUCAGUGACUUUGAGCCUCCUUACAACACGACUGGCGCCUGUGCCGUGGAAGUUGAAAUCGACACUCUCACUGGAUACAACAAAGUGCUUCGUGUAGACAUUGUGAUGGAUGUCGGUGAGAGUCUCAACCCAGCCAUUGACAUCGGACAGAUCGAGGGAGCCUUCAUGCAAGGAUAUGGGUUGGUCACUUGUGAGAAGAUAACUUUCAACAACACCACUGGAUUCCUCGAUCAGAAUUCCGCUGGAAAAUACAAGAUACCAAAAGCAAGUGAUGUUCCGAAAGACUUCAGAAUCAAGCUACUCGGAAUCAAUAAGUCUAGUGGAGCGCAAGUGUAUUCCUCCAAAGGAAUUGGGGAGCCACCAUUGAUGAUGUCAUGUGGAGCAGUGCAUUCUGCUAUCAUGUAUUGUGUGGAUGAUUGGAGGAAGGAGAAUGGAAUCGAGGAAUUCGUCGAUACGAUUUCACCGUUGAGCGCCGACAAGAUACAGGAGUUGUGCUCGAAGUAA